GCGUCAGCUGUUCACAUGAGCACAGGUCGGACGCUGAGUCUCACCCACAGCUCACAGAGGGAACUACACAGUCACACAAACUCCUGACAGCUCGCUCCCUGCUGGGUUUACUGGAAUUUGACUACCACUACCACUGAACUACCACUGAAGAUAUUUUGUUUCUGUUAAAGCUCACAUUUCUUCUGUGAAGAUAUGCCUCAUUUCAGGUGCACAACAGGAAAUAGUUUAGUACAAGUUCUUCGUUCAGGAGUUUCCUCUUUCCCUGGAUGCCACAUGCAGGACGUUCCAGUUUCCCCCCUUCAAUGAACAAAACGAAUUUGCAACCAGACCAGCAAUAGAAGUAAUAAUCCUCCAAGAUGGCAGUCACUUCACUCUAUGCUACAGAGGAGCCAGGAGCUGGCUUAGCUGAGGCGGACAUAUGUACACUUGAGAUUAAUAUCAAGUAUGAAGUCAUCCCAUCAAUUGUCUGCUCUGUUUGCCUUUCAUUCGGUCUCAUCUACUGCUUUUUCGGAUACCGUUGCUUCAAGAUGGUCAUGUUCUUCUCUGGCCUCAUGUUUAGCUCAGCAGCUGUACUCCUCGUGUACCACAAGGAGCCUGUGUUGGAGGCCCAGCUGGGGACAGAGACAAAGGCAGGGAUCAGCCUGGGCAUGGGUGUGCUCUGCGGGCUGUUGACCAUGCUGGUGUCCACUAUGGGACUCCUCCUCAGCGGCCUGCAGCUGGGGAGCCUGCUCUCCCUCGCCAUCCUGGUGGUUGUCGGACAGUUUCACAGCCUUACUCCAGUGUGGGUGCCUCUCAGUGUUGUUCUGGCUGCCAGCAUUGUCACUGCUGUCUUCACACUUCAGUGGCAGAAACUGUUCACCGUCAUCUACACAUCUGUGUUUGGAGCAACCACUGUGAUGCUGUGUGUGGAUUACCUGGUGGGGACGUUUAUGCUGCCAAAUCAGGUGUAUGAUAUGCUUUGUCAAGUUGCCCCACGUCCACUCUGCUGGUUUAACUGGGCGAUCACUGGGAUAUGGCCAGUUAUGAGUCUGAUAGGUGUGUUGGUGCAAUGGAGGUUUAGUGCCAAAGGAGUAUCACACACAGAAGCUGCACACAAAAAACAGAAGAAACAUGUCAAGAAGCACGGACAUAGAGAGUCCAGGAGAAGACCUCCACCACACCGUCGGCGCAGGCCUCCACCACUGAAACGCUACGCUGGGGAUGUCCUGGCGCCGAGUUAUCUCCAGAGCCUCAAGGAGCGCCAGAUGGGAACAGGCUCCUCCACCAGCACCGUCAGCACUAUCACACAUGCUCUAAUUGACUUUGACUUUGAGACAGGCUCCAUGGUGCCUCUGACUGCUGCCUCCCCCGUCUUUGCAGUCUGAAGGAACACACAUCAAAUAUCUGUUAUGCUGAUAAUUAAACAUUCCUUUGAAAUGUUCACUUCCACGGAAACAAUUCAACCAUCUCGACUCCACUGUAUCCACUUUAACCGGCUUCGUCAGAUAAUCAUCAACAUGCACACAGUGUGAUUUGAGAUGCUUAGAGAUCAUCCCGUUGAUGAUGACAACACAAAACAACACAACAUACACACUCAUCAGACUCGUGAUCAUCACAUCCUUCUAACAGUUUAUCUCACAGACACUUUGUGUUUCACAUUCGAGCUGUUUUGUUUCACACCAUGGCAUAACAAUCUUUUAUUCUCCAAAUACUAUGUACCAUGUGUCUAGAUUAGUUUGGCUUGUAAUUCCUUUGAAAUUCAAGGAUUACAGUUAUAAACAAUUAAUUCACACCAACAUAUGCAAUUAAAUUAAGGAUAUACUGCACAUCAGAAAAAUGUGGAAUGUUGGACAAUAAACGAUUGAUUUAACAGGAA